GGAAGCGUCUUUUGAUGGUGUAGUAGCGGGUCGUUCAUGCCACCACCGCGGGGAAGGAGUUGGACUGUUAGGACCGGAGCAUGUCUGUGACUGUGUUCCUGCUUCUGGUCACUCUGUGUGUCCAGGGAGGAAAUGGCGAGGAGAGAGAAGAGGCACAGAGACCUGGUCAUGUUUCGGUGGUGAUAGUGGGAGGCACAGGUGACCUGGCAAAGAAGUACCUGUGGCAGGGCUUCUUUGAGUUGUACAUUAACCAGGUCAGAGGUGGAAACACCUUUUCCUUCUAUGGCGGAGGACUGUCACCUGCUGACAAGGGCACACCAGCCCUCUUUGAGAUCCUGAAGACGGUGUCCUGCUCAAAGGAUGUAUCACAGGAGCGCUGUGCUCUGCUGAAAGAGCAGUUCCUGCGUCUCUCACAGUAUCGGGAGCUGAAGGCCCCAGAGGACUACCAGGACCUGGCCAAGCACAUUGAGCAAGAACUUCAACAAGAGGGAAUGACAGAGGCAGGCAGACUCUUCUACCUCUCAGUUCCUGCCUUCGCAUAUGCAGACAUUGCUGAAAAGAUCAAUAGUAGUUGCAGGCCAACCAGCGGGGCGUGGCUGAGGGUGGUGCUGGAGAAACCUUUUGGACAUGACUUCAGGAGCGCUCAGGUGCUUGCAUCUCAGCUCGGGAGCUCCUUGAAGGAUGAGGAAAUGUACAGAAUUGACCAUUACCUAGGAAAGCAGGUGGUUGCAAAGAUACUUCCAUUCAGAGUGGAGAACAAAAAGUAUCUGGAUCCCAUCUGGAACAAGCACCACAUCGAGAGAGUGGAGAUUGUAUUGAAAGAGACCCUCAAUGUUAAAGGUCGUAUUCCCUUCUAUGACCAGUAUGGGGUGGUCAGAGAUGUGCUUCAGAACCACCUGACUGAAGUCAUGACCCUGUUGACCAUGAGGCUUCCCGUGAAUAUGAGCAGUAGUGAGGAAGUCCUGCAAAACAAGCUGCACAUCUUUAGCUCCCUGCUGCCCGUAGGAAAGAAUCAAGCUGUUGUCGGCCAGUACCAAGCAUACAAGACAGAAGUUCAGCAGGAGCUGAAUAAGACAAAAGAUCACUUCAGUCGCACUCCAACGUUUGCAGCUGUAUUGGCAUACGUCGAUGAGGCCCAGUAUGAAGGUGUUCCAAUUCUUUUGAUCUCAGGGAAGAUGUUAGAUGAACGGGUGGGAUAUGCGCGCAUACUUUUCAAGAAUGACAUCUUUUGUGUUCAGAACCACAACAGCGUUCACUGCAAGCCCAAACAGAUAAUUUUCCACUUUGGACACGGCAGCCUUCAGUGUCCAGCUAUUCUUGUAAGUAAGAAUUUAUUCAAGCCAGUUUUAAUGGACGGUGAGUGGAAGGAAGUGACAGAACAUACAGAUGUCAAUGUUCUAGGUUUACCAAUUUCAGACUAUUAUGUGCUAACUCCAACGGAGCAGAAGGAAGCUUAUUCAGAGCUUAUUUCUCACAUUUUUGCUGGACGCAAGAAUAGUUUCAUUAGUACUGAAAACCUGCUGGCUUCCUGGGGCUUCUGGACACCACUUCUCAGUAGCCUCACUAGCUCUUUUCCCCGCAUCUACCCCGGGGGUGCCGACAAUGGUGACCUGCUGGACGUGCGUGUGAAAGGGAAAGACAUUAGCUACAACAGUGAGGUGGUGAUAAUCAGCCCUGAUCAAAUGGGUGGCACGUCAGCAAAGGAUUUCCAAGUAAUGCAAGGCAAGUUUCGUGGCGCUGACAUGGUGAGUGCCUGGACUGAGGAGCUGGUGGAGAAGCUAGCUGCAGACAUGCAGGAAGCAGCGGAGGCAGCGGUGCACGAGGGCGGUGUUUUCCAUCUUGCCCUCUCUGGUGGGUCCUCUCCACUCGCUCUGUUCCAAAGGCUGGCCCAGCAUCACUUCUCCUUCCCCUGGAGGGACACCCAUGUGUGGAUGGUGGAUGAGCGCUGCGUGCCGCCGACCGAACUGGAGUCCAACUUCCAUAACCUGCAUGACCAUCUACUGCAACAUGUGAGGAUACCCUAUUUCAACAUCCAUCCCAUGCCAGUGCAGAUCAACCAGCGUCUAUGUGUGGAGGAGGACGGAGGGGCACUGCUGUAUGAGAAAGAGCUCAGCAAGUUGGUUAAUGGCUCCAGCUUCCACUUUGUGUUGCUGGGAGUCGGCUAUGACUACCACACAGCCUCUCUGUUCCCUGGUGGCAAAGUGAAUGCACAUGGGGAGAGUCUGGUGGCCCUCACAGAGAGCCCCGUCAAGCCUCACCAGCGUAUGAGCCUCACUUUCAGUGCCAUUAACAGAGCCCACAGGGUUGCUCUUUUAGUGAUGGGCAAGGGCAAGCACGAGCUGAUCACCCAGCUGAGCCGAGUGAAGGACAACCCGGAAAAAUGGCCCGUCACUGGGGUGAAGCCUGCUAAUGGCAGACUUGUUUGGUAUAUAGACUAUGACGCACUUUUAGGAUAGGAAUUACAUUCCUAACUUUCAAUCAGUGGUUUCGGAGCUGCUUUAAUUGGACAGCUGGUUCGUGGAAAAGAACAUAUGAACCAGCACUUAAAGGACCAGUUGUUUUACAUGUAAUAGCCUAUUAACCACAAAUCACAUAUACUGAACAUUACUGCUACAUUUUUCCUGAUUUCCCACCUUCUAACCAGCCGAUGGCCAGAGCUCAUUACAGUCCUGCUGAGACAUGAACUUUGAUCACAAUAAGAGCUCUAUUAUGGGAUGCUGUGUAGAACAUAAAUAAAAUAGAAUGUGAUCAUUUGCUUGUUUGAAAACAGUACAUAGACAAUAUAUUUAAUGUUUGACCUCAUAAAUUUCAUUGAUUUUUGUAAAUAUCUGCUUAUUCUGAAUUUGAUGCAGCAACACGUUUCAGAUGAGUUGGGAAGACUGGGAAAUUUGUGGACACUCCACAAACAUCUAUUGGAAACAUUCCACAGGUAACAGGUGAUAGAAUCAUGAUUGGGUAUGAAAGGAGCAUCCUGGAAAGGCUCCGUCGUUCACAAGGAUGGAGUGAGGUUCACCACUUUAUGAACACGAUUGUACAAAGGAGAUUACUACAUGUGGUCCGUAAACACAGUUUGUUUGCAAAUGAUUGGAUACUGUUUUUAUUUCUGCUUUACACAGCGUCCCAACUUUUUGGGAAUCAUGGAUGUAGCUAUCAUUGCCCAGUACAGCAGUGGCAAACUAACAGAAAGCUCUUUAUAAAACAGGCCCUUGUUGGUGGACUCAUGUGCUUGUGGGGAAAACAUACAGCAGCCGUGGUGAAAAGGACAUUGUGAAUUGUGUGGCUUCUUACAUUAAAAGGACUGCUGUUCAGCCAAUUUCUACGGCUCUGAGUUUUCCCACCCGUUAAUUCACCAGCAAGAAAUAGUUGCAGCUGAAUUACAAUGUGAUGAUAAAAUAACUUAAAAGUCAGGUUUCAGACAAAAGCUUUGAAAAUGUAUUGGCAGGAAUGUAAAGUAUUUACAAUUUGUUGUUAAUGGGUUAAAAACAACAGGUUUGUUAUUUCUUAUAAUGUACUUGUACUUGCUACAUAGUGAGGACCGGGACAGGUUUUUUACCAGCAGAGUUGGGACGUUUUGGACGGUCCUCACCACCUUAAAGGGCUGUUUGAAGGUUCAGUUCAAGUGUGUGUGUGUGUGUGUGUGUGUGUGUGUGUGUGUGUGUGUGUGUGUGUGUGAGAGUGUGUGAGAGUGUGUGAGAGUGUGUGAGAGUGUGUGAGAGUGUGUGUGAGUGUGUGUGAGUGUGUGUGAGUGUGUGAGAGUGUGUGAGAGUGUGUGAGUGUGUGUGUGUGUGUGUGUGUGAGUGAAAAUAUCUUAAGUACACAUGUCUGCACUACAAACUACAAGGUACUGUGCAAAUAUCUGAUGUUGAACAUCUGGUGCUGAAUACCCAACAAACACACAUUUACUUACAACCCAGAGUGUUUGUACGAGCUCAGGUGAAUUUGUGAAUUUGCAGAUAUGCAGUUUACUGUGUGAUCGACACUUUUUGAUUGUAUCUUUUCUACUGUUGAGUGGCCUUGACCCACUUAGCAUUUCAUUGAUUAGUUAAAACAAACAGAACAGAAACAGAAAUGUGAUCGGUCCCAAAAAUAAUCUAUUUUCUGUGUUAAUAGUAGAAAUACAAACAUUUGUUACUGAAAUGUUUCAGGUAAUUCAAAAUAUUUGGUGCUUCAUUAAUAAAAAGCGCAUUCUUUACUCA